CAGCCCGAGCCCAUCCGCUCAACGAGUCAAGCGAGCUUGGGUCCCAAAACCUCGGUGUAAAAUCCGAGCCCUGGACUGGCGACGCCGCCCUCGUUCCGUCGGCUAUCUCCUUCGUCUCAUCGAGAAGGGGCAAUGGCGGUGGACUCCGCCAACGAGGCAUUGAAUCAGGAGGAGAGAUCUGUGUCGAGACCUCCUGACCCCAAACCCAUCAAGAAUCGCGAGGACGAGAUCCGACAAAUCGCGCGAAAGUUCACCGAUCAGCCUGUUCAGAACUCCGAUAUCGGCGCAUGGGGAAUCCUCACUGCCAUUUCCAAGCUCUCGAGAAAGCGGCCUCAGGGUAUGAAUAUUACUUUGUCCGAGGAUGAGCAUUGCUUCGGGCGAUGCGUAGAGGAUCCAUGUUACCGGAUAGAUACAAUUUCUGCCAGUUCAAAGCACUGCACAAUUUUUCGAGCGAGGGCAACAGAAGAUGGAGAGCCGGAUUCCAAUAUCUCUGUGCCAGUUUUCAUAAAAGAUACAAGCACCAAUGGAACGUAUCUGAAUUGGACAAAGCUAGAACGUUCUGCAAAAACUAGACUUCAGCAUGGAGAUAUCAUAUCAUUUAUUCAUCCUCCUCAUGCUGCUAGUGCUUAUGCAUUUGUGUAUCGAGAAGUGAGUAAAUCCACAGGUCUAACGAACGGUACAGGUCUGAAGAGAAAGUCAGAUAAUUUUGUGGGGGAAAGCAAGAGGCAUAAAGGUAUUGGCAUCGGUGCACCUGAGGGCCCAAUUUCACUUGAUGAUGUUCGAAGCCUUCAACGAUCAAACACGGAACUUAGACAGCAAUUAGAAUCUCAUGUGCACACAAUCGAGACUAUGCGCAAUGAAAACCGGGCUACUGUUACUCGGCAUGAAAAUGAGAUAAAGGAUCUGAAGGAAAAAGUAGCAAGUUCCUUCCUUGAUCAAAUCAAAGAGUUGCAUGAAGAUUUGGAUGCAAAACAAAAAGAAAUUGAUGAAUGCAACACAUCUUUGAGUGAAUUACGUCGCUCCAUAGACGAUCUCAAGGAAAGGCUUCAGUUGUCCAACCAAUCACGUGCUGAUGCCGAUGAAAUAAUUCAUAGUCAGAAGACAACCAUAUCUGAGCUGGAGGCUCAGUUAUGUGAAGAAAGACACUUAAGAAGAGGAGAGCGGGAAAAGGCAGAAGCAGUCCUAAAAUCUGCAUUACAGAGAGCUCAUUCAGAAGCUCAAGAGGAAAUCAAGCGUCAAACUGAUGUUUUUUCAAGACAACAUAAAGAACAACAAGAAGUUAUUAAUAAGCUUCAGGAAGUUGAGAAAGAGAGCCGUUUGCUCGUAGAAACAUUAAGAUCCAAACUGGAAGAUGCGAGGGAAAAUCUUUCUCUGUCUGAGAAAAAAGUUAGGCAACUGGAAGUCCAGGUUCAGGAUGAGCAAGCAGCAUUUGCUAAUAGCCAAAGAAGAUCUGAAACUUUGGACGCCGAAUUAAAAAGGUUGACAAAGGAACUUGAAAGUGAAAAGCAGGUGGCACGGGAAGAGGCAUGGGCCAAGGUGUCCUCUCUUGAACUGGAAAUUUCUGCUGCAAUUCGUGAUCUUUCCAUCGAAAAACAAAGGUUUCAAGGUGCAAGGGAAAGGAUAAUUUUAAGGGAAACUCAAUUGCGUGCUUUUUAUUCCACAACCGAGGCGAUCUCUGCAUUGUUUGCAAAGCAGCAAGAACAGUUGAAGGCCAUGCAGAAAACUUUAGAGGAUGAAGAGAACUAUGCCAAUACACUAGUUGGACUUGAUUUGAAUGAAUCAGUGACUUGUGCCGUAAAUGCUGCCCGCCUCAAGCUUAGAGAUGAAACUCAGCCGGAAAACAACACCAAGGAAGCUUCUGGGACCUCUACUCCGAAGAAUAAUCACACUUCCAGAGAGAGCUCGGAUGAUGGUAGCACAACUGAGAAGCAUGAUUGUAAUCUAGAUGAGAAUACUCAAGAUUUAGAAUGCACAAGCUCUGAUAGGUUGGCUAAUAAAGGAUUUGUCUCUGAUGGUAAUGGCAUUGGAACCGCAGUGGUUGGUGAGGGGGAUCCUAAUGACACUGAGAGAGUUUUAGGAACUGAAAGCCAAUCUGAUGAAAGAACAGCUGUUCUUCAUAAAUGCACUAUUAAGGGAUUUGUCUCUGAUGUUGAUGGAGUGGGAACAACAGUUGUUAAUGAGGAAGACCCUAUCGAUACUGAGAGAGUUCUAGGUACUGAAAGCCAAGAUGCUGGAUUUGAUGAAAGAACAGGUGUUCUUCAUAAAUGCAGUAAUUUGGCAGGAGAUACUAUGCAGAUUGAUGAUGAAGUGCAAAUUCAAGAGAACUUGGAGGUUAACACUGAAGAUAGAGUUGAUCCAAUAAGAACUGCUGAUCUCUUGACCUCGGAAGUUGCAGGAAGCUGGGCGGUGAGCACGGCUCCAUCAGUAAAUGGAGAGAAUGAGACUCAAGAUGUUGAUGCUGCUGCGGCUCUUCUUCUAUGCUCAGACGGUCAGGCUUCAGGAAGCCAGAGCAAUGUUUCAGGUAGUAAACUGAGCAAGGAACACAAGGCUCUGAAUGCUAUGCUUGAAAUUGUGGCGCCAGAGUUUGGACAGAGAUUUGUGAGUGGUGAUGAUGAUGGGAAGAGAAAUGAGUCCUUGUCUGAUGCUGAAACAGAGAAGGGCAGUGACAAUAAUGAUGAUGAUGGUCAUAGUGAUGGUGGUGGCGGCGGCGGCAAUGAUGAUGACGAUGAUGAGACUGACGGUGAUUCAGCGGAAGGUGACAAUGAGGUGAUGAUUGAAGAUUCUGAAGAUUCUGUUGGCUGAGUGUGUUGGAUGUAAUUUUGGUUAAGCAGGUCCUACUUGUGUAAAUGUAGAUUGCCCCUUGUAUAUUUAUUAUUUAGGACUGUGUAAAAUGUAUAUCUUAGGAGUCGAAGGGUCAGAUGGUUACUGCCAGAUUGGCCCUCACCUGUAAAUUGAUAAGUUAGAGAUGCGAGUCCGUUUUUGUUGCC